AUGGGCGCGCUGCUGUGGUGGGACCAGCUGCGCGCCGGCAGCUCGGAGGUGGACUGGUGCGAGGACAACUACACCAUCGUGCCCAGCAUCGCCGAGUUUUACAACACGAUAAGCAACGUCUUGUUUUUUGUUUUACCACCCAUAUGUAUGUGCUUAUUCCGUCAAUAUGCAACCUGCUUCAACAGUGGAAUAUAUUUAAUAUGGACUUUGCUGGUUGUGGUUGGAAUCGGAUCUGUUUACUUUCACGCCACCCUCAGUUUCCUGGGCCAGAUGCUGGAUGAGCUGGCUAUUCUCUGGGUCCUGAUGUGUGCUCUUGCCAUGUGGUUCCCUAGGAGAUACCUGCCUAGAGUUUUUCGAAAUGACAGGAGCCGGUUUAAAGCUGCCGUGGCUGUCCUUUCUGGAGUUACUACUUGCCUUGCCUUCGUUAAGCCUGCCAUCAACAACAUCUCACUGAUGACUCUGGGUGUUCCCUGCACAGCUUUGCUCGUUGCAGAGUUGAAGAGGUGUGAAAACCUGCGUGUGUACAAACUGGGUCUCUUUUCAGGUCUUUGGUGGAUGCUAGCACUUUUCUGCUGGAUCAGUGACAAAGCGUUUUGUGAGAUCUGGUCUUCAUUUAACUUCCCUUAUUUGCACUGUGUAUGGCACAUUUUGAUUUGCCUUGCGGCGUACCUGGGAUGUGUCUGCUUUGCUUACUUCGAUGCCGCCUCUGAGAUUCCUGAGCAGGGCCCUGUCAUAAAGUUCUGGCCCAGUGAAAGAUGGGCAUUCAUUGGGGUUCCUUAUGUCACCCUCCUCUGUGCACAGAAGAAAUCACCUGUGAAGAUCACAUGAAGUUUGCCAUGGAAUGGGGGUGGAGUUUCAACUUACAUUCCAGCAGAGACAGUAUUUACAUAAUGAUAAAUUAAUAAGAUUGUAUUUUAUCUUCUCCUUAAAAUAUGCAACGCUUCAGGUGCCAUAGAAAGAGGACACUAGUGUGUUUUCUCUCUCUGGAGAGGAGAGAGGAGCAAGAAGGUGGAGACUCUUGAACACUGAAGUAACCACUGACUUCUUCUCUGGGUGGCUGUUUUGCACUGUGUUGCACUAUGCAGCAUUUCACUUGAUAAAAGCUCUUUCCUAAUACCAAGGUCAAUGAAUGAUGUUUCUGUAGUAGGUCAGCUCUGAUGCUUAAUUCACUUCUUUUGUAAAUUAUGGCUUAAGGCCUUCUUUGUAAAAAAGAAAGUCCAAGAUGCCAAUAUGCCAUCCUGUGUCCUCAACUCUGAUUUUUAUGUUGGUUUCACAUGGCCACAAGAGUGUGCUCGAAGCACAUGCUCCUCCCAGCCCUGCUGGUUACAAAGGAGGCUACCUGUGCAUCACAUCAGAUCACAGAGUGUAUGGUUGCUUCCCCAGGUACAACAGGAGACCGGUGCAAAGUGUUUGCAAUUGGAUAACUGGGUCAGUGCAGUAAGGCAGUGUAAAUGCAGGAACAGCAGACAGAAGAUUAAGGCUCUAAAACUAAAUAGGAGUUCAAGGGGUUUUUAUUUUUCUGUGUUUCCACUGUCCUGUGGAUAUAUUUGUAUGCUGCAUAUUUCCCUCUUACAGAAAUGUUGCAGAAAUCUCUCACUGCCUCUGCAGUCAUGUUUAGUCUUGAAUUUGACCAUGAAGCUCACACGGAAGUGUGAACAUUAACUUCAGUAAGCACUCAGGUCAGCAUAGGUGGACAGCGUAGGUACUUAGCUGUACAUCUAAUUUGAGAGUUAACUUCUCACCAGUGCAUUGCAAAGUGAUGUGAACAAUAAUCCAGUGCUCUGCUAGUUGCACUUUGGAAAAAAAAAGGUAGGUUAAGUGGUUAAAAACCAAGCUGAAGACUUAGAUUUUGGUGAGCAGUGGAAGGUAUCAUUGAGUCUUACAUUCUUACAAAAUAACAGUAGAUUCAGUUUUUCUGUUUGUGUUCAGCCUGUUUUGUAAAGAUAAGGGAUGGCUAGAUCCAGUUAGUUUUAAGGUUGUACAUUAGGGUUGAGGUUCAGGAAUGGCUGUGAUUCUUUCAAGCAGUUUAUGCUAGGUCUUUUUUAAAAAUUAUGCAAAGUGCAGACAUGUUUUUAAAAUAUUAGCAAUUGUAGCUGCUAAUAGCUGCAGUGUUGGAGACAAUGGACUCUGUUUACAUUCCACCUAACAGCAGAACUGUAAGCUGGUUAAGGCUUUGGAUGUACAUUUUUAUUAAUAGGUGAUCUUUCCUUUUUGAUUGUUAGACCACGAGAUACCAUUUACUCUGUCUUUGCUGAGAAGUUUCAUAUUGUACUUGAUUUUUAUCAAUGUGAGGGUGUAUUCUAUACAGUAUCAUAUUUAGGAGAGUGUUUUUUAACAAGACCUUUGGGGUGAAUUAACAUUCAAGCAUUGUCAUACCUUUAAGAUAACUUUAAUAUUCAAAUUUAUGCUUAGAAAACAAGAGCUAAUGUAUAUGCUGUUCACUUAAAGCAAAGAUUUUACUGGGAGGUAUGACUGUCUUCUUGAGAACUUAUAAGUGGGUAAGUAGCCUACUGUCAAAUUGACUAACAGAUCAUAAAAGCAGCAAAGUCUGUCCAGUGGAGUAAUUAAAAUUUAUACUGCUUGCUAGUAGAUUUGUCUGAGAGGAAUGUGGUUUUUGAACACACGAUCAUACAGUUUUUGUAUGAAAAUUGUUUGUAAAAAUUCAUACAAUUAUGUUUGUUACUCUUUGAAACACAGCUGCUUGCUUUUUUUUUUUUCCCCCCCCUUCCUCUCUCUCUAAUUAUGAAAUGCUCAGUUUCAAACACUUCUCAGGUAUUCUAAGUUUUAUUAUUAGAUUCUUAGACAGACAGGCUUGCAGGCUGGAACCCAGCUAAGAUGGCUGACACCUGACAUAGCCCUACUUUGAGUAAGACUUUUUUAUAUUGUUUGCUAAAUUAUUAUGUUAUGGUAAAUAAGUUAUUUUCAGUAUUGCUUGGGAAAUUAGUAACUGCAGAUACAGGGUGCUGUUUAAAAUGUAAGUAGCCUUCCUACUUAAUAUUUUGUUUGUAAACAACCUCUCAGACUGAAAGGGCUGUAAUCAAGCUGCUGUCGUCUGCUGUGCAGAGACUGACUGCUCUUAAAAAAGUAUUUUUAUAAUUUAAAAAAUGGCAGUAGUGGCAUCCAGCUGUUGCAGAGGUGAGUGAAUGCAUGUAAAGCCAAGAAUUAUUUCCUGUAUUUUUAUUAACUAACCUGUAGUCUUCAUACUCUUCAUAGGAGAUUUGGUGAACUAUGAUAACUAUCUCAUAUCGGAAACUUCACUGUAUAAAUGUUUGGCACUACACCAUUGUAACAGAAGCCCACUACUUUCAGGUGUACCUACUACAUGUUACAUUAAAUUAAUAUUAAUUUAUAUGUUCUGGGGAAAGCUACAUUUAUUUCAAAAAAAGAAAAAAACGUGCAUUUUUUUAUUAAAUGCACAGCUUUACAGUUUUCAUUUUAGACUAAGGCUCUGUUUCACAAUAACAUUAGUACCUGAAGAAGUAUGUGACUGGCAGAUAGACGGGUUUGUGCACAGCCCUGAUCAUACAGAUGAACAGACAUAUGCACAAAUAACCAUAUUAUGUUGGAAUAUAAAGUGACAUAUAUUCACCCUCAGGUUUUAAAGUUCCAGAAUGCUUUAUUCCCUUGCUCACAGGAAGUGAUUGGGUUCCUAGUCCUUAGGUUCAAAAAGUAUUUUAGUUUUAUUAGUGGGAUGCAAAAGUGUGUUAGGUGUAAUGUAGAUUCUGUAUAUUGACAAGUGCUAUCUAUCAUUCCUCAAAUGUUAAGCUUUAGUUUAUUUAAGAGGGGAUGUUUAAUUCUCAGUAAUGAAAAACACUUGCCGAAAUCAUAGUCAAUAAAAACUCAAUGAACAGUACAUAAGGAGUGGUGUUGGGGUUGUUCUGUUUUUUUUCCAUCUCUGUUGAAGUCUGUAUGUCAGUCUAUACUGAAUGUUUCUGGAAAGCAUGUAAUACUUUGCAACAUUAAAUGACAUUUGCAAAAAAUACUGUUUGCCUUUGCAUACAUUGUGUUUGUGGAGAAGAGUGCAGCUUCCAAUAUAAUGCCUUGCAGCAGCACAGUCUAUAUUAAAGUAAGUUUUCCCUCACACAGGUUACAGCAGUUCUGACUCUUAGAUGAGGAGGGAGACUACAUUCGAGAGAAAGCCAUUAAUUCAUGAGGUAGAGACUACUUUGCUGAUUUUUUGCAAGUAAAGCAAAUACUUGGAAAACUGCAAGCCCACGAAUCGACAGAGACAAGUAGGAAGAAACAGCUAAAAAUAAAUGGCCUGUAUUUCUACAAAUCCAGGAAACUGGGUCAGACUGAGUAUGUCUGGGAGAACAAAGUGUGAAUCUCUAGUAGAGAGAUAAUGGCUGUAUACUAGCCCUGCACCUACCCCUCCCCUCCUGUGUCCCUUUUACCACAGUUCCUCACAAUUCCAUAUGAAAGACCUUCUUUGAGACCCUUCUGGAUUCCCAUACACC